UGUAUUACAGUGCUCGCCGAAGAAAUAAAUUCGUAUGAUCCGGACUAUGGCACGUUCAUUGGCGAGCUGCCAAAUUUAGCAGAUGGCGACGUGAAAGGAAAGGUUUACGUUGUGAAUGACACCACAUUGCAAAUCGUCAAUUUCACCUAUAAUGGGAACGCCCCAGAUUUAUACUUCUGGAUGGAUCGUAAGGAGAGCCCGACCCAGGAUGGUGUGAAAAUCCCGUCAUUUGAAUAUGGAAUCACUUCUCUCGGGAAGUACGACAACGCGGAUCAAGUAGUACUGACGUUGCCUGGACGGCAUAAAAUCACCAAUUUCAAGAGCUUCUCUUUGUUUUGCUACAAAUAUGAGCACAACUUCGGCUCGAUUGCCAUUCCUGAGAACCUCAUUGUUCCGCGACCACAGUUUUUAUCUAGUGAGCUGAAGGGCAGCCGAUACUCUGUUGGCUCGGGACCUAUUCUCAUCAUGGACAAGCGCACGAUCAAAAUCUUUGGCUUUACAUUCGACGCCGACAAAGCCCCUGAUGGAUACUUCUUUGUCGGUCGUGGACCAAAUGUUGCACAUGACGCUGGAGUGAAAGUUCCAAUUCGCGGCCGCGACACACCAGAACUGUAA